GUCAGCCUUACGAUACGAGAGGUGCGGGUUAGUAGGGAAGGGUGCGUGGCGCGCGGUGUUCGCUGGUUUUCGAAGGCCGUCCUGCGUGCUCCGCCAUAUCCCAGAAAGUCGCGCGCUUGUUCGUCUGCACUACUACUUUUGCCACAUCUCUUGAGCAGCCAGCCGACCAUGGCUCCCGCCAAUGACAUCUUGAGCAACUACAGCACGCUUCAGAAGGCUCGUCUUCAGUACGAGACUGUGUUGCCUGCAGUUUUGGAGCGAUCGUUCAAGAUCAGCUAUGGCGGUCCCACGACCAGCGCUGCGAACUCUGAGGACAUCGCCGCUCUGUUCAAGAGCAUGUACGGGCAGCCGACUGCCAUCGUGGAGCCGUCGGAGUCGAGCACCUUGAGCUCGGCGCCGUUGAAGGUGGGUGUUGUUCUGUCUGGAGGCCAGGCGGCCGGCGGUCACAACGUGAUCGCUGGAAUCUUCGACUACCUUGAGAAGAACGUGCCCGGCAGCACGUUGUACGGCUUCUUGGGCGGUCCCGGUGGCAUCAUGAAGGGCAAGUAUGCGGUUAUUACUGCCGAUUUCCUCUACCCUUAUCGCAACCAGGGCGGGUUCGACAUCAUCCGCAGCGGGCGUGACAAGAUCGAGAGCGACGAGCAGAUGAAGAUGGCCAAGUCGACGGUGGAGAGCCUGGAUCUGGACGGUCUGGUGGUCAUCGGCGGUGACGACUCCAACACGAAUGCCUGUGUGCUGGCGGAGUACUUCAAGAACGAGGGGCUGAAGACGAGGGUGAUCGGGUGCCCGAAGACCAUCGACGGCGAUCUGAAGUCGAAGGAGGUGCCCGUGAGUUUCGGUUUCGACACUGCGUGCAAGAUCUUCUCGGAGUUGAUUGGCAACGUCAUGAUCGACUCGAAGUCGGCGGCCAAGUACUAUCACUUUGUCAGACUCAUGGGCCGCGCCGCGUCCCAUGUGACUCUGGAAUGCGCUCUCCAAACCCAUCCUAACAUCACUCUCGUGGGAGAAGAGGUUGCUGCGAAGAAGAUGACCCUGAAAGAAGUGAAGGACUACGUGCUGGACGUGGUGGUCAAGAGAGCGGCGGCGGGGAGAAACUACGGAGUGGUGCUGAUUCCCGAGGGCCUGAUCGACUUCGUUCCGGAGAUCAGCGUCCUGAUCGCCGAGUUGAAUGACAUUCUCGCGAAGACCACCGUCGACAAGGAGGGAGAGUGGAAGAAGGACCUGACGGCGGCGUCGAGGAGCGUGUUCGACAUCCUUCCGCCCACGAUCCAAGAGCAGUUGCUGCUCGAGCGGGACCCUCACGGCAAUGUCCAGGUGUCGAAGAUUGAGAUGGAGAAGAUGCUGAUGGAGAUGGUCGCGGCCGACCUCAAGGUGAAGAAAGCCGAGGGCACGUUCAAAGGCAGCUUCAAUUGCCAGAACCACUUCUUCGGGUACGAAGGCCGGUGCGGACUGCCUUCCAACUUCGAUGCCAACUACACGUACGCUCUGGGGUACACGGCGGGAGCCCUUCUUCAAUCUGGAUUGACGGGUUACAUGGCCUCCGUGAACAACUUGACGGCGCCGACGAAGGAGUGGACCGCAGGAGGCACGCCGCUCACGAGCCUCAUGCAAGUGGAGAGGAGGAAGGGGAAGAACAAGCCCGUCAUCAGAAAGGCUCUCGUCGAGCUCGAUGGCGCGCCCUUCACUGCUUUCGCCGCUGUGCGCGACGACUGGGCCAUCAACGACCGGUUCAGAAACCCCGGUCCCAUCCAAUUCGAGGGCCCGGCAGCCAACGAGUCGAACUUCACGCUGCUGUUGGAGCAGGGUGUUUUGUCCGCGAUCAACUAAGCGAUCGUCUAGGUGUGAGGGAAAGAGAGCAAGACAGAAAGUGAGAAAGAAGAAACAUAGAUAUUAAUUUUAGUUAGUUUCCAUUUUUUCGGAUGUGUGCGGAGUUGUGGUCUUGUGUAGGUCAGAGUCUUCCAAUCAUCAUGAUCGACUUAUUAGUCUCGAUCUAUUUAUAUCUGCAAUCUUGUCCACUCUUCAGUCUCGUUCUCGUUGUACCAGACGGAACAAGAGUUAAUUGUACUCGCACUACCGUAGUUCUUUAUCUACGGAAUGUCGUCAUUAGCAGGGUCCGAUACAGUCACAAUAUGCCCUUACCCUCCUAGAUGGGGCCAUGCCCUUUUUUUUUUUUUUUUUUUUUUUUUUUUCCAACUUCUAUCAUCUUGGGGUCGCUGAUAGAUUUCCCUUAGCCUCCCAGGUCAAGGCAGGUCUUUUUCCUCCACUUCUCUUGCUUUCUUGUCGCUGGUAGAUGUUGUUUUUCUCGGUAUAUGUUGAGGGGCUGGGAAAGAAAAUGUCCGCAAUUUUUGAUGUCGAUCUGAUUUACGAAUCGAAAUUCUUUUGACGGUUUAUUAACGCCCGUUGAAAGGCGAGAGCUCAAUGUUUUGUUGUUUUUUCCUCUCCCCUCUGGAGCAGUGUGAAUCUGUUGAGAGUCAUUGCUCAUUGGAGAUCAUCUGCACGCAGUGUCGUGGGGUGGUCACAAAAUGAAUUAAAUUAGAAAAUAAUUGAAAAACAGAAAGGUCGUGGAAUGGUUGGUUGGUGUUAAGUGCUUAUUUCGCAGUCGAUCUUUAUUCCUGGCUGCCGCUGGUCUGUGUAAACUUGGGCGGUUGGUUUCUUUGUGCCAUGCAGCUGUUGCCUUCGCAUCGUCGUCGUUUGUCGUUCCUCGCCAGAGAAAACGUCAAUCUGCGGUGAUUUUUUGGUGCAGCGCCUAAGUAUGAGGUAAUGACCGCCUAACCUGAAAAUAGUAUUGGUAAGUGGUUAGGUAGAGGUAGAGAUUGAGAAUGAGAUCGAGGGAGAGAUAGAGAGUUAAAAGAGAUGGGAGGAAAAUAUUUUUUGUUCCGAGUGGGUGGUGUGGCAUCGUAGCCCCUAUCCUGGAUUCAUUGAAAUGAUGACAAUACUGUUUUUUCGAACGGUUAUGCCGCGUCGAUCGCGAGAACUGCGAGAGAAAAUCUGUUUGAAUCUCUCUCCUGUGUCGGUGCAGUUGCUUGUUGGGAAUGUUAUGGUCCUCUGCGUUUGGCGGUAGUGGUAGGUAUGUGGAGACUGCUGCUUAAAUGAGCGAGUAAAGCGCGAUUAACGAG